AUGCUACCCCUUCGCCGCUCAGGCCGUGUGAGGAAACCGCCAGGUUAUAGCAAGCUGGACAGUCCCAAAGACAAAACACAAGCAUCACAGCAAGAGGCCCCCGCAUCCCCAUCAGUCCGUCGGAACCCCAAGCGAAAGAGUGUUCCUGAAGUCUUCGACAUUCGAGAAAACCUCUUGGAGACGUCGCUUGGGCCUUGGAAGGAGAAUGAGCAGACAGAAUGGCCAAGUUGGGUCGAGUUGGAGUCUGAUCCAGCAUUCUUCACGGCUAUAUUGGGUCUUCUCGGAGUAAAGGGAGCAAAGAUAGAAGAAGUGCUCUCAGUCGAUGAGGACUCUUUUGCCGCUCUCUCUCAUCCUGUCUAUGGACUGGUCUUUCUCUAUGAGUACAUCGAAGAAGAGGGCGGAGACGAAGUCCAGGGAAGUGAGGGAGUGUGGUUUGCAAAUCAGACCACAGCCAACGCCUGCGCGACGAUAGCGCUCCUAAACAUCAUCAUGAAUGCUGAGGGCCUGGAGCUUGGGGAGAAACUCCGUCAAUUCAAAGAGGAAUCGUUGCCCUUAUCCCCGCCACUACGAGGAAACCUGAUUACCAACAGCACUUGGAUUCGUCUGGCGCACAACUCUUUUGCUCGGCGCCUGGACCUUCUAAACGCGGCCCUCUGUCUAGAGAAUGAGGUGGACAAAAGGAAAAAGCGUGCCAGGGCAACAAACCGGAAAGCUAAGUCAAAAUCAAAGUCCGUAACCGACUCUGCCUACCACUUCAUCGCUUACGUACCAGUCGGCCGGAAAGUGUGGCAGCUUGAUGGGCUCAAAACGGGCCCCGUAUGCAUUGACAAACCAUGGACUUCGGUCAUGCAACCAGUGCUCGAAAAGCGCAUGAUGCGCUAUGAAACCGAGAGGCUCUCAUUCAGCCUGAUGGCGCUCUGCGGUGACAACUUCUCUGUCAGACGUCGCCGACUGGCAGAAAAUAUCCGGAUACUACAUCAGCUCAAUGCCAAACUGAGCUCGGCCAACCAAGAAUGGACUGCCUCAAGAUUCGCCGAUGCCGACCCUGAUGUUAUCUACCGGCUGGAGGAUACGAGGCUAGCUGCGUACCAGCUCGAUGCUGAGGAUAUUCUUACUUGUCCUGAUCGAACGGAGUCGGCCAAUUUCCCCGAGACUCAAACGGUUCAAGCAGGUCUCGAAGUCUGGGAGAAAACCGCCAAAGAGCAGAAACGAAUUCGCAAUGAGUAUGAGGCUGAGCUACGGACAAGUCUCGGGGGUCAGGAGUCGGCAGCUGCAGCAGUCUUUGGUAGGACAAAAGACCAUACGGCGGCCAUUCAUGAGUGGGUGAAGAAGUUGGCACAACAUGGGGUGUUGAAAGAGUUGCAUGAGAAGGUGCAGAUGCAAAGUGGAUUCUAG